UGUUCCAAUUUGUCCUCUGCAAUUGUUGAUGACAUUACUUGUUUUAUCUAGAAGAAGUUUAUGUCAAAUAUUUGUUUAACAAAAAUCAUAAUAUUUUGCUUGAAAAAGCACUUGAAUAGUGUCCAUACGAAAUUCCUAUUAUCAAUGAACAGCGAUUGCGCAAUAUCAGCUGAAGAGGUGUCUAUAUACUGGAGGUUUUCGGCAGGAUUCACAUCCCAGUCAAGGAGUUAUCAGAUAUAGGCACUCUGUGAUAGAAGUGAUCAUUCCCUGGGCAUUUUUUACUGCAUGUUAUUCCUAGGAAGUAAUAAAUAUAUUCGCAGGAUACCAUUGAUGCCUGUUGGAAUUGUACAUGAAAAUAAAACUUUGUGCGCGAAUUGGUUUGAUUAAAUGUCUGUAAUAGCUAAUGAUUUCUAGUAUUUAAGGAAGAGAGUUUUUGGAAAAAUUCCCCUGGCACAGGUUCAUCUUGAGUACAUAUUUUAGAACACAAAAUCUUACAGUGAAAACUGUUUUGGAAAGGAUGUGUACAGUCAUGGGAAUAAAUGUUUAUGGAUAUGAACAUGAGAUUCAUUGAGAUAACUUGUAGCAAAAAUUAGUUUAAAUAUACUACAAUUUAAUUUAAAAGAUAUGAAAAAAUUGUUGAAUUCAAAUCAUUGCUUUCGCCACUCAGUCAAAUUGAAGUAUAUAGGUAAACAAAAUUUGUGCCAAAAAGGGCAAGUGUUAUAUUUAAUAACCGAUACCUAAGAAUGCAUACGGUACGAAGAUUCAGUGUGGAGGAAGUGCCCGAGCGGAACAACAUCCCAUUGGAGCCGCUAUUCCCGUUAGAAGAUGAAGAACCAGUGGAAGUUGUUGAGAAUGUUCCAUCACCAUCGUCCCCUUUGCUAACAAAUGGGAAUGCCGAAGCUGGACCCGAGAGUCCCCAAAAGCUUCCUACUAUCACCAUAACAACGGACAAUGGGGAGCAUGUGAUCACCAAGAUCAGAACAGAGGGCGAUGUGGUUGAAGGAGAAGGUACCCCUGAUGAUGAGCCCUUUGCGAGGUCAGACGAGCUGUCCAACUCAGACUACUCCAACCAAAUGGCCCUGUAUGAGGACGACAUACACCACCAGGGCAAGAUUUCUGCUCUUCUCAACAGACUGGCCAACUACCAUGCGGGUGUUGAACCCAACACCAGCGAGAAAAAAGGGAAGGUCCAAGCGAAGGCGCGCCUAGGAACGCUGCUGGGUGUUUUCCUUCCAUGCGUACAGAACAUCUUUGGAGUGCUACUGUUCAUCCGUAUGUCGUGGAUUGUGGGGAUGGCAGGCGCACUGGAGGGAUUCUUCAUAGUGUUCAUCUGCUGCUGUUGUACCAUGCUGACAGCCAUAUCCAUGAGCGCCAUAGCAACCAACGGGGUGGUGCCUGCCGGGGGGUCCUACUUCAUGAUCUCUAGGGCCCUGGGGCCGGAGUUUGGAGGUGCUGUGGGGGUGUUGUUCUACCUGGGAACCACUGUGGCAUCCUCUAUGUACAUCAUUGGAGCCAUUGAGAUCCUGGUGACAUACAUGAACCGGGAUUUCUCAAUAUUUGGUGAUGUGGGUGUUCUCUCCAAUGCGCUGAACAACUACCGAGUGUACGGCACUGCGGUGCUACUGUUGCUGGGCAUUGUCGUGUUCAUAGGGGUUGCGUUCGUCAGCAAGUUCGCUGCCCUGUCUCUUGCCUGUGUGAUUGUAUCCAUUCUGUGUAUAUACAUCGGCAUAUUUGCAGCCCAUCCAGGCAAUAGUCCCUUGAUAUGUUACCUAGGCGACCGACUUUUGAGUGCAUCUUUAGUCACUGUGGACGGAGUGAUGAUGUGCAUGAAGAAUGAGACAGUCCCGGUCUUCCACAAGUACUGCACUGGCUGGCCCAAUGAGACCACGUGUGACCCGUACUUUGAGAGCAAUAAUAUGUACACGAAGCCUGGUAUACCAGGGCUGGCUAGUGGAGUCUUCCAUGCGAAUGUGCCUAAUCGGUACACACAGGCAGGAGAUAUCAUCGGUUCUAGGGUGGUGGGGAACACGGCCCGUGGUGAGAUAGUGUCCGACGUGACGACAUCCUUUGUUGUGCUGCUGGCCAUCUACUUCCCAUCAGUCACAGGUAUAAUGGCUGGCUCAAACCGAUCUGGAGACCUUGAGGACGCUCAGCGCUCCAUUCCCAUAGGUACAAUAAGUGCUGUCGUGACAACCAGUAUAGUCUAUAUGAGUUGUGCGCUUUUUUUGGCUGGAACUGUCGAAGGUGAUCUACUGCGUGACAAGCUAGGGGUGAGUAUUGAAGGAGGUCUAGUGGUGGCCUUCCUUGCUUGGCCCACUCGCUGGGUCAUCCUCAUUGGUUCCUUCCUGUCUACAAUCGGAGCUGGACUACAGUCACUCACAGGUGCCCCCCGCCUCCUACAGGCCAUUGCCAUGGAUGGCACGAUACCCAUCCUAAAGGUCUUCUCAGUGACCACGAAGCGUGGUGAACCCUUCCGCGCCCUGCUGCUCACACUCGCCAUCAGUGAGAUUGGUAUCCUGGUGGCCAACCUUGACCUUGUAGCCCCUGUCAUCACCAUGUUUUUCUUGAUGUGUUACGGCUUUGUGAACAUGGCGUGUGCCCUGCAGACCCUGGUGAGAACCCCUAGCUGGAGGCCACGCUUUCGCUUCUACCACUGGACCUUGUCUCUCAUUGGCAUGGCCCUUUGUGUCUGCCUGAUGUUCAUAUCCAGCUGGUACUACGCCCUAGUGGCCAUAGCCCUGGCUGUCUGCAUAUACAAGUACAUUGAAUAUAAAGGGGCCGAGAAGGAGUGGGGUGACGGUAUCCGGGGUCUGGCCAUGUCUGCCGCCCGCUACUCCCUGCUGAGGGUACAACAGGGGCCACCCCACACCAAGAACUGGAGGCCCCAGUUGCUAGUCUUAUUCAAACUGGAUGAGAAUCUACAGCCAAAGUACCCGAAAAUGGUGGAGUUUGCAACACAACUUAAGGCUGGCAAGGGUUUGACGCUCGUGACUAGUGUCCUUGAGGGAAAAUUCAAGGAGAGGUUUGCCGACGCACAGGCUGCAAAACAGAACCUUCAGAAGGUGAUAGACAGUACAGACGUGAAGGGGUUCCCAGACGUGAUCGUUUCAGAGAACAUAACCAUCGGACUGUGUCACCUAGUGCAGAACUCUGGUCUGGGCGGGCUGCGACACAACACGGUGGUGGUGGGCUGGCCCUACGGAUGGAGGCACAACACAGACGAACGCAGCUAUAAGGUCUUCAUUGAGACGGUGAACAACAUAGGUGCAGGCCAGAUGGCGCUGCUGGUGAUCAAGGGCGCCAGCAACUUCCCGAGCAGCAUGGAGCGGCUCAAGGGCACCAUCGACAUCUGGUGGAUCGUACACGACGGAGGUCUUCUCAUGUUGCUACCCUUCCUGCUGCAGCAGCACAAGACGUGGAGAAACUGCAAGCUGAGGAUAUUCACCGUGGCCCAACUGGAAGACAACACAAUUCAGAUGAAGGCUGACCUGCAGAAGUUCAUGUACCAGUUGAGAAUACAGGCAGAUGUGGAGGUGGUGGAAAUGGCCGACAGUGACAUCACAGCGUACACGUACGAGCGCACCCUGAUGAUGGAGCAGCGGACAGAGAUGCUGAAAAACAUGCGGGUGGGCAACGUCAGCCUGCCCCAGACCAUCGUGGACAAGAGUCAUGAGACAGGGGCAGCGCUUAAUGAUGUGAAAAUCAAACUAGACACAGUGGUUGAGGAAUCUACAACAGACGAAGAAAAGUUUUCCGAACGGAACCAGUACACAUUCUCUCCAAACAUCCGUAGCCAGGGAGUGUCCGUUGAAAAAAUGGCGUCUUCCAUCAAUAAGAAUGUGCUGGAAAUCAAACCAGAUCAGAAGAACGUGCGUCGCAUGCACACAGCGGUGCGUCUCAAUGAAGUGAUCAUACAGAAGUCCCAUGAGGCCAAGCUGGUCAUCCUCAACCUCCCCGCUCCUCCGAAGCACGAGGCUGGGGAACUUAACUACAUGGAGUUUUUGGAGGUCCUCACAGAGGGCCUGGAAAAGGUCCUCAUGGUGAGAGGAAGUGGAAGUGAGGUCAUCACCAUCUACUCAUGAUGUCAUCAGAAUGUGUGCACACGAACAUACCACAUCAUCAGUUCCUGCAUUUCAUCGACUUUGAAUGUUAAAUGUGCUUGUUUCAGAACUUUGGAGAGUUUAUGUCAGAAGAUGCAGAUUUUGUGCAGUUAUUUUUUGUGUGAUUUACUCAUUGUAUGAGCUUUUUUAUUAAUUUGAUUUGUGGCCUAGAAUUCAAAGUUAAACAAUGUUUUGAAAGGAACACCUGCUUGUUAAUUAGUGUACAUUGCAUGGUUAAUUAAAAGCCUUGAAGCAAUUAUUUGAAAAAAAUUUGUUCCAUAGAAUGUAUAGAACCAAUUACCCUUCAAAACAUGUAUAGGUAUAUUUCAUUAUUUAUGACAAUAUUUGGUCAUCGAUUUUGAAUUAGUUUGAUAUUUUUAUUGUAUUUCAAUGGUAGAAAAUGUCAAUGUUUGCAUAAUCCAAUCAAUUUACUGUAAAACCUUAGAUGAAAAAUAUAGAUAAAGAUCUGCCUAUUGGUGAACUAUUUGAAAUGGGUGCAUUUGGAAGGUUGUAUUUAAGAUACACAAAAGAAAUCCUGUUAAAAAUAUGAUAUUAGGAUAUUGUUUUUAUAAACUUGAGUAUUUUAUUCAAAACCAUUAUACUUGUAUUGCCAUGCUCGUGAAUAAUAAUAUGUGUGCCAAAAAGAGUAUUACAGAUAUGUGUGUAAACAGUUAGGAUUUAGCGGCUUUUUUUCUAUUUAUGUUUGAUAUAGAAAUUGUUAUACUGCUAUUUAUCUGUGAAAUUGUUUUGCAUAUCAUUGUGAAAAUCGUGUAUCUUUGGCAAACAUUAACCAGUUCUUUUAAUAUUUCAGGAAAGAUUUCCUCUAGUCCAAUCACUUGUUAUUGGAAAAGGAUCUGUAGGAUAUCUUUUAUUUUUAUAGAUAAUUUUGUAGUAGUGCUGGCCACAUGUUGGUAUCUACAGUUCUAUUGUAAUUGCAGUUUGCUGAAUUGUUAAAAUGCUGUCAUGUUAAAACUUAUUUAUUUACUCAUGUAUUUUAUGUACUGAUCUGUGUUUAUUUAUAAAUAUCCAUGUAUGUAGAUUUAGUAGUUCACAAUUACUCGGAAACACAAAGUUGUAUUUGAAGUUUAGACAGAAUAAGCUAUGUAUGAAGAUGUUUUACUUCACACAUUUCUUGGAAACAAUUAUUUGUAUUGAAUUGGUCACACAGGGUUAAAGUGUUGAUACUCAGCUAUUAAAAUAAAAUGUUGUUUUCGGUGUCAAAAAUACAUGUAUAUUCACUGCUAUAAUUAAUGAUAUGAGUCGUGUUCUGAGAAAACUGGGCAUAAUGCAUGUGCGUAAAGUGUCAUCCCAGAUAAGCCUGUGCAGUCCGCACAGACUAAUCAGGGAUGACACUUUCCGCUUUUAUGACAUUUUUCGUUUAAAUGAAGUCUCUUCUUAGCAACAAUCUAAUUUAGGAGGAAAGUGUAGUCCCUGAUUAGCCUGUGUGGACUGCACAGGCUUAUCUGGGACGACACUUUGCGCACAUGCAUUAUGCCCUGUUUUCUCAGAACGCGACUCAUAUAAACACGAUCAAUUGUACAUAAAUUUGCAAUUGAAAUCCUUACAGUAACUAUACUGUAUUAUUUCAUGAAUUCUGUUUAAAUUAUUCUGUUUGCACACAAAAAAUGAGUUAAAGAUGGAUAGUUUUAUUUUUGUGUGUUUUAAAAAAUUGAGUUAAACUGCUUAUGCUUAAACAUAUCAGUAUUAUGCCUGUAAUUAUAAUUAGCUACAAGCAAUGUGGUGACUUAUCAUUUAAUAAAAAAUAAUUAUUAUUUUAAUUAAAAUUAACAUAAUAUGAGAUAUGAAGUGUUUCAAUUUUUAGGGCAUGACAAUAUCACAAUCAUUAACAUAUAAAUUAAUAUCAGGCUGCAGGAUCAAUGGGGUUUACACACUGGCUGGACAAAAUGAAAACACCUGUUAAGAAGCUUGAUUUUUGCAAAUAUCUCAACUUAUUGAAAUAUGUUUGCAAAAAUCCUUAGUGCAUAAAAGACUGUUUCUCUUGCAGUUUGUGCCAAUAUCAUAAGAUUUAAGAAUUUAUUAUUGAAUACGUCUGCAAGUUGUGACAAACUUUCACGUUGUGUGCAGCGUAACCAUGGCGAUGUAUAUGAAUGGAUGUACACAUAGAAUUUUCGGCCAAGAACACAGGAUUAUUAAAAAAAGUAAUUCUGAUGUUUUUCACAUUGCCAUAAGCCACAUAAAAACAUGUCUUUUAUGCACUAGUUGAAAUUCUUAAGAACAAUUGUUAAAAAAAGUUAUUGGAAAAAAAAACACCACUUACCGGUGUGUUUACAUCCAUUAACAUCCAUUUGUGAACCUCAUGAAGUCCCAUGAUCCUGCAGCCAGAAUAUCACAAUCAUUAAGUGAAUUCAAUUUCAGUUAAAAGAUCAAUUUUUAGCGAUUUUUUUCUAAACCCUAGCUGUGAGACAGGCGCUAUAUUGUACUUACUUGUACAUGUGCAUUUAUAAGGCCUACUUCAUUGAAGAAUGACUGUAGCACUUGUGAACUUGUAGUUGGUUGUGUCACAGAUAUGUAUGUUUAUAUGAAUAUUAAUUAAAUAUUACAUGUAAUUGUAUAUUUAUGAUUAGACUGUUGGCAAACUGUUCAUGUAUGUGAACCUGUGAUUUGUGUUUUAAUAUUUUUAGAAGUUUUUGUUUAUAUAGAGCUAUGUAUUUAUCUGUAUGUAUGUGUUUUGUACAUCUUGCAUGAGCGUCAGGUUGCAUUUCGCAACAUGUAUGUGUAUCCUAGAAAAUUCAACAUUGAUAAUAAACUGUUGUAGAAUUAA